CAUAAACACAAAACGUAAAACACAUGAAUUUGGUUAAAAGAAAAUAUCAGUGUAAAAAAUUUUCGUUUUGUAAAUUUACAGGAAAAUUUAUUAAAUUCAAUUCACAUAAUAAAAUCCCUCAACUAAAUAAGCAACAGCUAAAAAAGUACACAAUAAAUUAAAUCAUGAAUAACUAAAGUAAAUAAAGAAAAUCAAAAGGUGUUAAUCUAUUAUUUUCUUCAUUAAUUCAAUGAUAAAACGAAUUUCGUAAACUUUAUCAACUAAACAAUCAUAGAGUAAAUUCUUCUUUUUUUUUAUAUAUAUAAAAAAAAAAGCUGCAAACAAAUAUUAAAGCCAAAACUAUUCCUAAAUUAGCACUAAAAUACAAAUAAACGUUAAACGUUUAUUUUUUCUAAUAAAUUUUAAAAACUAAAGUUUAAAACGAAACUACAUUACACAGCUGCAGCGCUUUAAACACACGCAUUAGAAAAAUAGAACUAAGCGGUUGCUGUUGUCGCUGUGAAACUGUUUUUCCUUUAAACAGGAGUAAACAAUUGAAUAUGUGCGAUUCUGGUACGAAACAACAAAAAUGGACAUGCGAUUAUUGCACCUACGAAAAUUUUCCCUCCGCUAUAAAGUGUACAAUGUGUAAAGCUGUUAAGCCUAUGGUUAAUGAAGAUAUAUUCAGACUUAGCCCUCCUCAAAUAUCCUAUGAAACCGAAGGUGAGGCCCGUGGUGCUGCUGUAGCGGCUGAUGUUAUAGAUGUAGAACCAUCUAGUUUUAAUGCCUACUCACGCCCCUCACAAGAUACCCAUAUUACAGCCGGAGCUGCUACGGCCAAUGAUAGUAAAUGGUCUUGUAAAAUGUGUACUUAUUUAAAUUGGCCGCGUAGUUUACGAUGUGUUCAAUGUUAUACGAAACGUGUUAAUGCUUCAGAUAACACUCCCUCGCAAGAUAUUGGUGCUAUUUCUGUGGCCUCCUUUAAACAGCAGCAGCAACAACAACAACGGCCCACAACUCCUCAAUGUGAAUUAGUAGAAAAUAUCAACUCAACUUUACAAAAACAGCAUAAACGUUUAAGUGAAAAUUUAGAUCCAAAAUCCAUUAUAGAUUGUGGUUCAAUGGCCGAAGCAAUCAUUACAAAUUCACCACAUCAUAUACAGCAUAACCCGCAACAACUGCAAGAGAGGCUAAGUAAAUUACAUAUAGCAGCAACAAAUAUUGAUGCAGAAAUGAAUGCUAGUAAUAAUGCAGCCAGUGCUAAUGCUGCUGCUACCGGAGCUGCCGCCCAACGUCUAAGUCCUGUCGAUGGUUCCACAAUUCAUCUCAAUAAUCUCGCCAAUAGUUCACAAACUCAACAAUUAACUUCACAAUCCACCUCUACAUCUGCUACCACAUCCUCCUCUAAUCCUCAACCACCAAAUUAUGUUAAAAAAUGGGCCUGCAAUACUUGUACUUAUGAAAACUUUCCAAAAAGUCUCAAAUGCUCGAUGUGCGGCAUUCCUCGUGAUAGCAAUAGUUCUUCAGGAGGUGGUGGCGGUGGUGUUGGUAGCAACGCUGCUCAUAGCAUUGAGAAUAAUGCCAGCGGUAUUAGUAAUAAUCAAACAAAUGUAACCUGCAGUGAUAAAUUGAAUGAUACCGUCUCAUCGAAUAAUUCCUUCAAUAAACAAAAUAUUUAUCAAUUGGGUUCAGAUACUAUAAACAACUGUGAUACGAUGCAAGAAAGACAAGAACGGCGAAUACGUCAAAUAAGGCGUCAAGUAGAUUGGCAGUGGUUAAAUGCCUGUUUAGGAGUCGUUGAGAACAACUUUAGUGCGGUAGAAGCGUACUUGUCGUGUGGCGGUAAUCCUGCACGAUCUUUAACCAGUACUGAAAUAGCAGCUCUUAAUCGCAACUCAGCCUUUGAUGUCGGUCAUACACUGAUACAUUUGGCCAUACGCUUUCAUCGCGAAGAAAUGUUACCCAUGCUAUUGGCACAAAUUUCCGGUUCUGGCCCGGGUAUUAAGAGAGUACCCUCAUAUGUGGCACCUGAUCUGGCAGCUGAUAUACGUCGUCAUUUUGCAAAUAUGUUGCGUAUGCGCAAGUCUAUGUUUCCCUGUACGUACGUACACGAGCAUGCGACAUUUUCUCUGCCGGCAGAAAUUGAAGAAUUACCUUUGCCCAUACAAGAGCAACUAUACGAUGAGCUGUUAGAUCGUGAUGCCCAAAAACAAUUGGAAAAUCCACCACCAGCCUUAAAUUGGUCGUUGGAGAUAACAGCCCGCUUGGGUUCUAGAUUAAUGGUUUUAUGGAAUCGUAGUGCUGGUGAUUGUUUGCUGGACUCAGCCAUGCAAGCCACCUGGGGAGUUUUUGAUCGUGAUAAUAUAUUGAGAAGAGCCUUGGCUGAUAGUUUACAUCAAUGUGCACCCAUUUUCUAUUCACGCUGGAAAGAAUAUGAAAUGGUUCAGGCCUCUAUGCUCCACUUUACCCUGGAGGAAGCUCAGUGGCAGGAGGAUUGGACCACAUUAUUAUCGUUAGCCAGUCAACCAGGCGCUUCUUUAGAACAAUUGCAUAUUUUUGCUUUAGCCCACAUUUUACGUAGACCUAUUGUGGUUUAUGGUGUUAAAUAUGUUAAAAGUUUUCGUGGUGAAGAUAUUGGUUACGCUAGGUUUGAAGGACUUUAUUUGCCUUUAUUUUGGGAUCAAAACUUUUGUAUAAAAUCCCCCAUAGCUUUAGGUUAUACACGUGGGCACUUUAGUGCCCUUGUACCCAUGGAACCUUAUGCUCGCAUUGAUUUGCGUCGUGAUGAACCAGAGGAUGUAACAUACUUGCCGUUAAUGGAUUGUGAAUCGAAAUUAUUGCCAAUACAUUUUUUAACUCAAGCGGAGAUGGGUCGUGAGGAAGCCAUUAUGCGACAAUGGCUAGAUGUCUGUGUCACAGAGGGUGGCCUUUUAGUUGCCCAACAAAAACUACGCAAACGUCCGCUUUUAGUAGCCCAAAUGCUAGAGGAAUGGUUGAACCAUUACCGCAGAAUAGCACAAGUGAUUACGGCACCAUUUGUACGAAGGGCCCAUCAACAAAUCGGUUACUCUAGUGAAGGCGAUUCAGAUGAAGAGUAAGUCUGCAACACAAUGUUAUUUUUAUUUUAGUUUUUUAAGAAAUUUGCUUAAAAACAACAAAAACAUCUACAAUGAUAUAUUUGAUAUGAAUUUAAAUAUUUUUAGUAGUGGAAUGAAUACCUUUUUAAAUUUUG